AUGAGCGCGAACGAGCGAGCAAAUGUCAUCAGCGAGGGCAUCACCGCUGUGCGUUUUCUUUGGAUUUCGCCGUGCGUGCAAUUUGCCGUCGGCGUGCUUGCCCUUCUCUCGUCGCUCGUCGCUGCGGACAGAUUCUUUCACUGCUAUGUUGCAUUCUAUUGGCGGUAUAUAUCGCGCAAAAGCGCUCUCAAAAGGUUCGACUAUUUCGAGUUGGAGGGCGACGAGGCUAAGUAUCCGUCCGUCGUCGUUCAGCUGCCCAUGUUCAACGAGACGGACGUCUGCGCGCACGUGAUACAGUGCGCUCGUGAAAUCCAAUGGCCAAGAAAUAAGUUUUUGAUCCAAGUUCUCGAUGAUUCCACGUGCGCUGAGACGCGCGAGACGAUCGAAGAGUGUUUGCAUACGUGCAACGAGCAAGGUGUGCAAACCCAAUAUCGAUGGCGUUCCAAUCGAACCGGCUACAAAGCGGGAGCGAUGGCAGAGGCGAUGGAUGACAUCGUAGAUUACGACUACGUGUGCGUUUUCGAUGCAGAUUUCAGUCCCGAGCCAGACUUCUUACUUAAGACGAUACCGUGGAUCCAUUCGAACCCCCAAUGCGGUUUCGUUCAAGCGCGUUGGGUGUAUGCAAAUGCGUCUGAAAAUCUGUUGACGCGCGUGCAAAGUAUUUCGCUCAACUACCACAUUCGUUGCGAACAAUUCGCUCGAUUUUCAGCAGGUCUUUUCUUCAACUUUAACGGUACCGCGGGAGUUUGGCGGAGAACGUGCAUCGAGGACGCAGGAGGCUGGGAUUGUCGCAGCACGGUGGAAGACCUCGACUUGUCCUUGCGCGCGCAUCUUCGUCGAUGGAAGUUCAUUUUCCUCGAUCACGUCACGUGCUUAAACGAAAUACCCGCGCAGUACGACGCAUUUCGUAAGCAACAGCAUCGCUGGAGCGCCGGACCGAUGGCGCUUUGGCGCAAAGCUAUGACAUCGAUUUGGGAGGCGGACAUUCCGUUCGCGUCAAAGCUGUAUUUGAACAUUUUCUUCUUCGGCACUCGCAUGGCGGCGACGCACUUGGUUUCGUUUUUCUUCUACCUCUUGCUCAUCCCCCUUUGCGCGACGAUGCCCGAAGUCGUCGUCCCGUUCUGGGCGUUGGUCUACGCCCCCGUGCUCGUCACGAUCAGCACGUGCACGUUCACGAAAAAUGGCUUAUUGUACGCGAUACCGUACGUUUUAUUCGAAAACGCCAACACUCUGGUCAAGCUCAACGCCAUGAUCAGUGGCUUACUCGGCUUGGAGCACGCCAACGAGUGGGUCGUCACCACGAAACUCGGCAAGUGGGUCGCUCAAAAAGUGGAACGAGCCAAAACCACCCGUCUCGCCCGGCGUCUCGCCCCGACGCUCCGCGCCAAACCGUUUCACUUCAAAGAGCUCCUCAUGUCCGUCUUUUUCCUAUUUUGCGCCGUUUGGGGCGUCCUCAGGCAUCGUCUCUUCGGUUACAGCGUCUUUUUGUGUCUCCAAUCCGUCGUCUUCGCCGUCUUCGGCUUCAACGUCGUCGACGCCCUGUGA